AUGUGUCAAGGCUCUGCCGAAGAAGUUCCCAUUACGGGCAUUCUCCCUGCCCAGCAUUGGGCUGAACAGCCCCAAGACGACAAAGAUACGGACUCGAGCCUUGGCAACGACGACGAAUCUUCGACUGCUUCCAUCAGCUCUAGCAUUCUACACUAUCGAACGAUUCAAGGUCGGUCUUAUCAUAGUGAGCAGGGAAACGCCCAGUACUGGGGUUCGAAUGAUGAAGCACAGAGCGAGCUUAUGGAUAUCAACCAUCACGUUUUGACUCUUGGCAUCGGAGGAAAGCUCUAUUUGGCACCAAUUGAGCCAGAAGAUCUCAAGCUCGUUGUUGAUAUUGGAACUGGAACAGGUAUCUGGGCUAUCGACUUUGCCGACGACAACCCGAACGUACGCGUUGUAGGCACAGAUCUGUCACCAAUUCAACCAGGUUGGAUUCCACCCAAUCUACAAUUCGAAAUCGAAGACUGUACCCGCCAAUGGACUUUCGAACCAGACUCAAUCGAUUAUAUUCAUAUGCGCUGGCUUGUGGGAAGUAUCCCGGAUUGGGGCUUUCUUUACAGCGAAGCCUUCCGUUGUUGCAAGCCAGGCGGAUGGAUCGAAAGCCACGAGACAUCUUCGAUAAUCACCAGCGAUGAUGGAACCGUAGCACCAAAGUCUGCCAUGGAUCAGUGGGGCAAGUUCUUCAUCGAGGGAGGGAAAAAUCUUGGUUCGACUUUCACUGUCAUUGAGGAUGAAGUUCAGAAGAGAGAGAUGGAAAAGGCAGGGUUAGUGGACAUACACGAGUUUGAGUACAAGUGUCCUAUUGGUGGAUGGCCCAAAGACUCAGUAAAGAAAGAAAUGGGGCGAUACAUGCAAUUUAUGCUCGAGACUGAUACAGAAGGAACUGUGCUGUUUAUGGCGCAUACGCUCGGCUGGAGCAAGGAGGAGAUCCACGUGUACAUUGCACAUCUGAGGAAAGAGAUGAGGGCUGGAAAGUCGAAUGCUUAUCAUCGACAGAAAGUGAUUUGGGGGCGGAAGCCUGCAGUAGAAGGAAAGACUGAUUGA